AUGAAUUUUGGAAAGAUGAAGAAAAUGUCAAGACCAAUAUCCAGAGUGACAGGCACAGUGUCACAGAGCAGCAUGGAAAGUGAUGUCUUCAGUGACUAUGGCGAUGACAACAAAAACAACAAAAGAGUUAAUCGCAACAUGAGUGAGAAGAAGAGACGUGACCAGUUCAAUGUGCUUGUCAAUGAGCUGUGCUCCAUGGUUUCCACAACUAACAAGAAAAUGGAUAAAUCUACAGUCCUAAAGUCCACAAUCGCUUACCUGAAAAAUUACCAAGAGACGGCAGAACAAGCCCAGGCCCAUGAGAUCAAGGAGGACUGGAAACCAUCAUUCCUGUCCAAUAAUGAGUUUACACAUCUAAUGUUGGAGGCAUUGGAUAGCUGCUUGUUUGUGUUUACACAACAAGGAAGUAUUCUGUACGUGUCAGAAAGCAUAACAUCUCUCCUAGGUUAUCUACCGAAUGAUUUAGUUAACAAGUAUGUAUACAGCUAUAUACAUGAGAACGAGAAACAGAACCUCUACAACAUGUUGUUCCACUUUAGUAUGCUGUCACCCGAGGAGAUGGAGAAAGAAAAGAACCAAUUAUCAUUCAGCUGUCAUUUCCAGAGAGGUAGCUUAAGAUCUGAAGAAAGUAACGUUUAUGAAUCUGUGACUUUCACUGGGUUCCAGUAUUGGAAUGUGGUCUCUGAAGAUGAUUCCCAGACUGGUCUACAGCCUCCGACCAACUGUUUCUGUUGCACAGUACGAUUAAAGAGCUCCCAGUUCAUACGAGAGAUGGCCAUCAUUGAUGAGUCACAGUCAGAAUUCACAUCAAGACAUAGCCUGGAAUGGAAAUUUUUAUUUCUUGAUCAUAGAGCCUCUCCAAUAAUUGGUUAUCUCCCCUUUGAAGUACUGGGCACAUCUGGGUUCGAUUACUAUCAUCCAGAUGAUCUUGAACCUUUAGUUAAAUGUCAUGAACAAUUGAUGCAGAUUGGGAAGGGGAUGUCAUGUUUUUACCGAUUUCUAACUAAAGGACAACAGUGGAUCUGGCUGAAGUCACGUUACUAUAUCACUUACCACCAAUGGAACUCCAAACCCGAGUUUAUUGUCUGUACAAACACAGUUGUUAGCUAUGCUGAUGUCCGUGCCCAUGUGAGGCAGGAAAAUGGCGAGGAAGCACAAAAUGUAAACCUGGCAGCUGAGCACAGGAAGAGACCUCAAAGCCCAUCCAUGUCCUCUGUUCUCUCUGGUCAGUCCAGUAAAACAUCGGACAAAGACAGUGUGGAUAGUUCACCGCUGCCACACUCAACAUGCAGCAAGGAUCCUACAGGGUCUGUAACACCACAGCUCCAACAGUUACUGCAGCAACGCAUCAACCAACAGAAGGCCAUUCAACAGCAGCAAGAGUUGACGACACAAAUACAAUUGCUUCCUCAGCCUAGCUUGGUCACCGGUCUCCUCGCUGGCAAAGUAGCUACCAUUAGUAACCUUCCAUCUGGCCUUGGGCUGACACAACAGGUGAAGACACAAUCAGUUCCAACACCCCACUGUAAUCUUCCUGUGGUAACUGUCAUCCCAACAAAACCCUCUUCGACUGCCCAGUCACAACAGGCCCAAAUGACCCCUGUCCAGCGGCAGCUACACAGUCAACUUCUACAGAAACACAAGUUACUACAGCAGGCCAUUCUAAAACAGCAGGAAGAACUACAGUUAAUUAACCAACAGCUGUCUCUGUUCCAGCCAACAGUGGUACCUGUGUUCCCAGUCACAGCCUCCUUUUCAUCUGUCUCAGCCAUGCCAGGCACAGGUAUUAUGAUGACAAGCAUGCCUGCACAGACGACCCAGGCUCCACUCACCUUCCAGCCAGCUUUACACUCCCCCGUCCAGUCGACUAUGGACCAACAGCAGUAUGUGCCGUUACAGUUUCUCCAGCCUGACAAUGAGGUACUCUUCUCUAACGAUUCAUCAAGUAAGGUUUUCUCACUGACAUGA